UGGAGACUUUUGGGGGUUGACCCCGCGUUCGGGGUGCGUGUUGAAGAGGACCCAACUCACCGAGGGGCUGGCACAGUCACAGUAGGGUGGGAUGGGCGCCAUUGGGCGCCAGAAGUCGUCUCUCUCUCUCUCUCUCUCUCUUUCUCUCGCUUCUGAAGUGGGUCGAUUCCAACGUCCGGUCGACGGUUCGUCGCUGAAAGGGCCACGUCGUUCGUUCUCCCCGCUCACAUCCAUCGGGCUGGGCCCAAAGUGCGUGUGACCUUAGCACUCGGGCUUGUGUUGUGUUUUCUUCUGGUCCUAACAGGGGAAUGGAGCAAAACUUGGUGGGUGAAGUGGGCAGCGCUGGCACCGGCGUCGGGCUGGGCUGCGUGUGCUGUGGAAGCCGGGAAGAGCUGUUGGUCUUUGAAAAGUUUUCAGGUGCCUUUCAGUCUGCAUGUCGUCAUGCAGCCUGUGAACCUUGCUUGCGGAAUUGGACCCUGAAAGAGCUUCCCAAGUGCCGACAACGCUGGAUGCUGCGAGUCGAGUGCCCCUGCCAGACCUGUGGCCGACAAGUUCCCCAAGCCUUGCCGCUGAAGGUGUCUGCGCAUGCACGAGCCCUCGCCGAUGCCAUCGAUGCCUCGUCCGCCAACAAAGUGGCUGAUCAGCUAGUCCAGUGGCCGGGCUGGCCCAAUGAAGCCUUAGUGUGCCCACGCUGUGGGGAGGAGCAAGACCAAGUUCUUGUGAACACUGCCUGUGGUCAUGGAGCUUGUCGAAACUGCUGGCUAGCAGAUUUGCCGUCGAAGUUGGAAUGGUGCAAGGCCUACUGCGCACUGGAUGUCCCUUGUGGGCAUGAAGGUUGCAAUGAGGGGUGUUUUGAAGUGCUCAAGCAUUUGGACAGCCCAGUGAUCCCGGAGGUAAAGAGAUACGUUGAGCAAGUUCAAUCCGACCUACUUGAAUUCUCCCCUUGGUGCGUGCACGAAGCGAACGCAGGUGCUCCAGGCCCUGUUUGUCCCUCUUGUGAGUACCGGGUCACCGCGCUCCUGCAUUGUUCCUGCAAACAGCGCGUUGCAUGCAAGCAAUGCUGGGACUCCGAUUUCAAGUACGAGGUUUUUCGGUGCAAGAACACCUCCGCCUUCGUACUGCAUCAAUUGCAUGGCACUUCAUGCCAAGGGUGCUCCUCGCACCGUGAAUGCCUUACCAAGGCCUACAAUAAGGCCUUGAAGCGUGCAGCCCCGUAUGCCGCUCCUCGCGGGACAAUUGCUCCUACCUGCCCAAUUUGCCAAGAGGUUUCGCUGGUGCUGCUAUGCGCCAGCCGGACGCAUUAUUGGCAUGCGGCCUGCGAGCGAUGUUGGAUGAGCUGGGCGGAAGGACAGCUGGACAAAUGCUUCGCAGAGAAGAAGCUUCCUCGAUGUUUGUGGCCACAGUGCCAGGUGUCUAUGGCAGGCGGGGGCUCAACAUAUGGCAAACAUGGACAAACCAUGUCAAAGCAUCUAGACGGGGGGUCUCUGUGUUGGUGAGGUUUUGGGCGCCAAAGGUUUUAGGAUGUGCCACAACAUGAAAGCUCCAACCUGUUGGUGCCAAGCCAGAAGCAACCUGCCACAGAUUCAGCGAUGCGCGCUUGCCACAAAAAGCCACACCGUUGAUCUUGGGACUUGUUCUAAAUUCCAAAUAUAUGAAAGCUCAACCCUGGCAGAUAAAGAAAACUUCUUCGCAAAAGACUGCGUUUGGGAGCUCGUCCAAGACUCCUGCUACUCCAGCUCGGAGCUUAAAGAUUUUCUGGGCAAAUUAAAACUCCGCAAGCGCUUGCAAAGCAACCCCUUCUUCCCCGCUGCUCUUCAAGUGGAAUGCCCUCGGCCUCGGUGUCUGGGAAUUGGCUACUUGGGCUAUGACACGGUGAUGUGCUUCUUGUGCGAGCAUCAAUGGGAAGAUUCAGGAGAAAAGCCCUUGAAGCUAAGCGGAGCAUGCAUCGAUGAACUUGAAGCGGCAGGUGUUCGAGUUCAACAAUGCCCCAAGUGCCAUGAAUACAUUGAGAAGAACGGCGGUUGUGAUCAUAUGACCUGCCGAUGUGGUCACCAAUUUUCGUGGACCACUCUGAAAACCUGGGGCUCACUAGUUGCUCAGUAGUUCAAGCCACGAGCCUAUGCAUGAGAAAACUCUUGCACUGACGCUACUCUGCGGCAAUAACACAGUUUGCAGAUCACCCUGAAAAUGCUGACUACAAGUUGAAGGAUUAAGGUACUCAUGUACUGUAGUUUUGUUUGGCAUCUUGCUGGAGCUGGAGAUCUCGGCACCAUGCAGCAUUGGACGAUGGGCUGUUGGCGAGUUCAGAGUUUUGUGUACAGAUGUACAGCUGGGUGAACCGUCGCGGGCCAAAAAGCGACUGCGCUUGGCUCCUAAUAGUGUCCUCGCUCCGUUCGUAGCGAUGCCAGGACCCCCUAGUAGCUUCUUAUUACUAGUAGCUACUUGCUCCUAGUAGUAAGGCCAGGAGCCCCUAGUAGCGAACCAUCGCGGGCCAAC